GCUGUUUGUGGUGCUGAAAAAACAACGCCUGUACUGUCUGUGUGUGUUUUGCACAUUUUAGCCAUCUUUAUUUCCCCUUCUCCGCCUUCUUCUUCCUCCAGAAGAACCAUGCCUCUGUAGUGCCGGUUUCUCCCCCAGCAGAGCUCACCUGAGUCGGCCUCCAUCAUGCAGGUUUAGCGGUCGGAUCUCUGGAUCUUCUUCAGGAAUGGAUUCACUUUCCUCUCCCGUUCUCCUGCUCUCUUUUCUGGCUCUCAGCCUCUCUUCACCUACCCUGGCUGACAGGAAAUUCGGCUGCCUGUUUGAAGACGAGCUGUGUUCUCCGUAUGAGUUCUGCGUCAAUGAUGAAGUGUUUGGACGCUGCCAGGAGUUGGCGGCUGCAGAUUUGUACACGUACGAUAUUUCUUCUUCUGCUCUGCAACGCCUCAGGAUCCUGCUUCAGAAACUGGCUCACAGAGGUCUGACAUGGCAGGACGACCUCACCCAGCAGGUGAUUUCUCGAGAGCUUUCCAAACUGAGAACGGUUCCUCUUCGCCAUCAGACCUCAGCUCAGAGUCCUCUGAACGCCUUCAGUGGGUCCAGAGACCUGAAGCUGAGCAGAAAUAUGAAGCAGUAUCUGAGCGGACUGGGCUUCCUGCCUGAGGGACAGACAGGAAGUCAACGAGCCAACGUUCAGAAUGAAGAUGUUAAGUCUGGAGGAGACCUGGAGCCCAGCCGCUCCAAACCAAAGCACAGCUGGAAGGAAACGACUAUCUUCAGCCACCAGAAAGAAGCCGGACAACCUCCAAUCACCAAAGUUUUCACCCACACUGGGGAGGGAAAACACCCGAAACUCAGUCAAAACUACGCUAACCGGGAUCAAGGGAGGAACAAACUGUUAUCGAGUCAUCUGGAGCGACUGCUGUCUGACGUACCGAACACUCAGCAAGGGAACGAAAAGCUCCACUACAUCAACUACAUCCGUCCAGCUUCGAGCAACCAAGCAGAAUCUCAGGUGGCUUUUACCUCCAAAUCCCAAAGACCGAAUCUAGACAGACUUCUGUUCAAAGCCAGCUCUAAUCCACCGGCUGCCAAAGAGCCUCUCAGCGCCGUCGACGAGCGAUUCAUCCAGAACAUGGUGAACCAGUUGGGACGGCACAGUGUUCACUUUGAGUCUCUGAUGGGGAAAGAUCUGGACCAUUUGGCGGGGGUUAUAGCUGGAGCUCUGAACGAGGAGAAAGAGGGGCGUCCUGGUCCUGAAACUGGAUCAAAUACUGGAUCAAAACCAAAACCUGCUGAAUCCAGACCGAUGGUGGCAACGCAGCUGAAAGAAAACCAGGAGAGGAAACCAGAACAUCUAAAACAGGAAGACACAGCGAGACCCAAAGAGCCAGGCCAACAGAGAGUCGGCGCAGACAAAGAGCCCGUUGACAAGCACGCAGCGUUCUUCUCCAAGCUGCUGGACUACCUCAACAUGGAGCCGUUCAACGACGCUCCUCAGGUAAACGUCGGAGCGCCGGCUUCCCUCCGGAAAACCGUCGGACAGGAAAACGUCCAGAGCCGAACGACGCUAGGUCAACUUCCUGCUGCUCUCCACCUGCAGGAGAAACCACAACAACAACAACAACAACAACAACAACAACAACAACAACAGCAGCAGCAGGAGGAACCACAGAAGAUGAAGGAGGUGAAGGUGAAGACUCAGCUGGUCCACGUGGCGGUGAAGGAGUUCUCCAGCAGAGGGAAGGACAGACACUUCGGAUACAUCAUCACCGGAUCAGAGUCCCUCACCUCUUCCCAGGGUUCAGAGCUGAUGGAGCGCUUGACGGAGAAACUGAACCUCCACGUUUCAGACCUCACACAACUCUCAGUCCUGGGUCCAGCGUUGACGUUCAGAAUCGGCCCGAAUCCCAAAAAUGUGACCACCGCAGAUCUGGUUCAAGAAGCCGUGCAACAGAAGCAGCAGCUGGAGAAGGAAACGGGCCUGAAGAUAGUGGAGGCCGGAGUCAGUGAUAGAGGCAGCCUGACGGAGAUCCCGGUGGUGAAGACGACCCGCGUGGAGUCGGGUCAGUUCCUCUUCCUCUCCGUCCUCUGUAUGAUCUUCAUCCUGGUGGCGCUGCUCGUCUCCACCACCUUCUUCUGCCUCCGUCAGCGAUCACACCUGCGUCUGAAAGAGAAACUGAGCAGCCUGGGGACGGACACCAGCACCGACGCCACGGCAACCUAUCAGGAGUUGUGUCGGCAGCGAAUGGCGAUCCGAACCUCUGAGCGAGUCGAGCGUCCGGAGACUCUCAGAAACUCUCGUCUGAACAGCGUCUCGUCUCAGUUCAGCGAUGGGCCGGCGGCGAGUCCUUCGACCCGGAGCAGCACCUCGUCCUGGUGCGAGGAGCCAGUGCCGUCCAACAUGGACAUCUCCACCGGACACAUGAUACUGUCGUACAUGGAGGACCACCUGAAGAACAAGAACCGUCUGGAGCGGGAAUGGGAGGCUUUGUGUUCGUAUCAGGCCGAACCCGGAGCCUGGAGCGUCGGACACGGAGAGCAGAACUCCAGGAAGAACCGCUCGGACGCCGUGGUCGUAUAUGACCACUCCAGGAUCACGUUGAAGUCGGAGAAUAACCACGGGAACUCAGAUUACAUCAACGCCAGUCCCAUAAUGGACCAUGACCCUCGAAACCCGACGUACAUCUCCUCCCAAGGCCCUCUUCUCUCCACCGUGGCCGACUUCUGGCAGAUGGUGUGGGAGAGUGGUUGUGUUGUCGUCGUCAUGUUGACCCCACUCUCUGAAAAUGGGGUGAAGCAGUGCCAUCCCUACUGGCCUGACGAGGGAUCGGACGUCUACCACGUCUACGAGGUGAACUUGGUGUCGGAGCACAUCUGGUGCGAGGACUUCCUGGUGCGCAGCUUCUAUCUGAAAAACCUGCAGACCAACGAGACUCGCACCGUCACGCAGUUCCACUUCCUGUCCUGGAUGGACCGCGGGAUCCCAAACUCAGCCCGGACCCUUCUAGACUUCCGCAGGAAGGUUAACAAGUGCUACCGGGGUCGAUCCUGCCCGAUUAUUGUUCACUGCAGCGACGGAGCCGGCAGAAGUGGAACCUACAUCCUGAUCGACAUGGUGCUCAACAGGAUGGCUAAAGGUGCUAAAGAGAUUGAUAUCGCCGCUACCCUGGAGCACUUGAGAGACCAGAGAGCUGGGAUGGUGCAGACAAAGGAGCAGUUUGAGUUUGGGCUGACGGCCGUGGCUGAGGAGGUGAACGCCAUCUUGAAAGCGCUUCCUUAAAGGAGGCAUCUCACCUUCCUCCUCCUCCUCCUCUUCAUCGCUGAAUAUCGCUCUCCUUCCGCCCACUCCAGCCCGACAUCUUCGUCCUCGCUCUGUUUCUGUCUCUCCCUCCUCUUCACCUCUAUAUAGAAACUGUAUACUUCUGAAUGUCGUGCCAGAGAUCUCGCCUGGAUCCAUGUUGGCAGAAACCGAUCAUCAUCUUAAAACAAACUCCUACUGCGGGACUUUUUGCCAAAAUGAGUCCUGGUUUCUCCUAACUGUGAUGUUGUUCCUGAACAUACCGUUAUAGUGCCACUGACGAGCUGCUGUCGUGACGUCGAGUGAAGAAUUAUGUCCUAAAAUAAGUGUUGGAAAGCUGAUCGGCACAUUUAAAACAUGCCUAACUAACUGUUGUAUUCAUUAUUACAGAUUGCAGUUGAUUUUCUGAGAUAAUUUGAUGAAAAAAGGCUUUUUUUUAGAGUCUAAAAUAUCAGUAUUUUCAAUUAACCGUCACAAAUGACAAAGAUAGAAGUGAAUUCUUACAUUUUAGAAACUGAAACCAUUGAUUUUUAGGCCUUUUUGCUUCACAUUUGGGACCCUGUGGUGCUGUUGGGGUCAAAUGAACCAAAGACAUGAUUACAGAAAUCAAAAUGACAACACUAUCGCUUUCAAAUACCGCCUUUCUCUUACAAUUCCCACCAAUAUGGAUAACAUUUGUGAUUGUUUGCAAAUACUAAAUCACUUAAUGUUCAAGAUAGAUGUAUGUAAAAAGAAAAUCCACUUUAAUAAACACUUAGACAGCAAAGUGGAGUUUCAGGUUAAAAAAUAUAAUCCUUCUAUAAUUUCUCUUGUAGUUAAAAUAAAAAAAUCGGAUGAAUUGAACCGCCAUACGGGUACGGAGGCCCACAGGUGCAAAUGCAUCCAAUUAGGAGAACGUUCCAAUUAAGAAAAACACGUUGCGGUUUCAAAAACGAUGUAAUUAUUUGUAUUUGUGUCGUUUUUAAAGCUGCAGCGCGUUUGCACCAGUUGGCCACCGUACAUACGGGUUUAAAGAACUACAAAAAUGGCCGCCGGUACAUUUUCUGUCUCUUCUACUAAUCGCAGCAGCUCUCAUUCAUCAUAGUACUUUUAAAGUUAAUGUAAAAAUCAUAAUAUUGUACAGAAUAUUAACGAAUCGAUGUGUUUUGGAAAUACACUCAUUAUAUACUCACAUGUACAGACGUUGAAGUGUGUGUGUGUGUGUGUGUGUGUGUUGUAUUUUGGGGAUAAAAGCCUCACAGAUUAUGAAUUUGUUCUCGACAUAUCAGGUGUUUUUUAAUCCUAAUUACACACAUUGUCACACUGUUAAUAUUAAAUGUAAUGCAUAUAUCCCAGAUAGCUAUAUAUGAAUAGAAUCAAUAGAUUAUAUUUAAGCCAAAGUGAAAGUUGUCCCUCCAUCUCCGUAUAUCGUGAUAUUUUGUGACCCUCUAUGUAUAGACAACUUUACGAUAUAUAGUGCUGUCUGAAAUGUAUACGGAGAGCCUCAAUGAUGAUAUCAUAAUAAUAUAUUUUGUGUGAAGAGUAAUAUUCAGAUUGGUAAUAAAUCAGAACAGAUUAUACUGC